AUGUAGGAGUUUAAAGAUGAGCUUAAUGUUAAUGCAAUAAAAGGAUUGAAAUAAGACGCAGAUUAUAUUAAAUUGGAGAACUUAAAUGAUAAAAUUGAUUUAAAAGACUAAAAUUACAACAUUAUAGCAACAUAAAGAGAUUUAGGUACAGGAUUGAGCUUUUUAAUUGUAGGAAAUCUAGAUGAUAAUAGGUUUUUAACAAGAUAUUAUAAGCUAAAGCAAUUUUUGGAAAAAUAAAAAGAGUUUCAUACAUAAAGAGUCGCUUAAUAUGUUAAAGAAUCAGGAGAAAAUUUGAUAGAUCAGGCUACUAUGGAUUUGAUUGAAUACAAGGUUUAUCCAAUUAGUUAAUUUUAAUCAGAAAUUUAAUUAAAAGGAAAAGAAAGAUUCUAUUUUGUAGAUAAAGAAACCCAUGAAAACUUUUUAUCUGUUUUUAAGUAAAAUGAAUCUUACAUUAUUGGAGAAUAAAAGAGUGUCGGUCUUAGGUUAGACCUUACCCUUCCUUUUGAAGAUUUACAAUAAUAAAUAGUAGGAUUUUCAAUCCUAUAAGCAGCUUAUGUUAUAAGAAGAAACCAAUAUCUUGCUGACCUUGAAAAAAAUUAAUAAACUAGCUGA